AUGGGGGAUGGAAAGAAAAAGGAGCGUACCAAGUACAGCCUACACCGCAAUAUCCCGGUGGAAAUUCCUGCGGGUUUCGACCAAUUGUGCGAUCCUGAAGGGGCGCGUAUUAUCAACGCCGCCGGGGAGCCGACUGUCGACGGCGUCGUCGGCCCGAGCCCAUCGACGCUGUUCAGUGCGGUCGGCUCGCUCUUCGUGUGGGUGAUUUUCGUUGUCUUGGCACACAUGAUCUUCACUGCGUACCAGACCGACCCGCCCCAAAUCAACGAGCUGACGCUGGACACCCCCAAAGGCUUCGAGGCGCCGUUCCCCGACUUCGCGGUGACUUUAUCACUCACCGGCUGGGACAUCUACAUCGCCACUCAAAUUAGGCAAAUCAAAGCCGCCCACGGGUCCAGCAUGACGUGGAAAGAAGCUGAGAAGGAGGCAGGAAAUCAGUGGAACCUGCUAUCGGAGGACGAGCGGAACUUGCUUACUUGCGAGAAAGGCAAGUGUGACAAUCGGACCCUGGAGUACCUGUGGCCCGUUUUCCGGUGGGAGUCCACCAGCGGCGGCUUCGUAAAGAAAACGGACGUCCAUACGUUGCUCGGGCCGGAGGACGGCGUCCACUUCGGGGACAAAUGUGGCCUGAGCGUCAGCACAAACCUCAAAUACGGCCGCUGGCCCGUCUUCUGCUUCCUCAACAGAGAGCUUCCGCCGGAGAGGCAGAGAAUGCUCCGCGGGCGCGACUUUGGCGACCCGCUUUGGAGUUACCUAGACGUACGCAUCGUCCGGUGCACCAACAUGUCCGCUGCCGCGGUGGAAUAUGAAAAGGGGUAUACCAACACCAGCGUACCCUUCCCUGCGGCUUGGUCGGGAACUUGCGCGCCGCACGACGACAUCGACGCCCUCGUGGACGCGGGACAAGGCCUCGGCGUCAACCUGUUCUUCAAGUCCCCCCAGGAGCCUGACUGGACAGAAUCGAGCUGGAACCAGCACGCUGGUGACCCGGCAGACAAUAGCAUGGAGAACGGUUGGACCAUGCACGAGUACCAGAAGCUGUCGAGUACUUCCCAUGUGGAAUGCGAUCUGUACCUGAAGCACACUUCAGCGUACGUCAACCGGCCGCAAAGCUCUGGCUUCGAGGAGGAGGACUUCUUCAAGAUUUACAAGUGGUGGUUCGACUUCGACCGCUCGCAGUGCUCCCGCAGUUACGCCGACGAUUCGCGUUUCGAGGAGUACAGCACGUCGUACCGAUAUGAUUGGUCUGACCACGCGAUGGGUGAGACUCAGGGCGAGAAUCGGACGCGGUUCUUCGAUAUCAGCGUCCGCAUGAACCACAAACGUCGCAAGAUCGAAGUGCGGCGCCAGAACAUUCUCGAGAUGCUCUCCGAUAUCGGCGGCAGCUGGGAGCCCUCCUUCUUCCUCGGCUGGCUGGUCGUCGUCGUCAUCAACCGCGCGCUCAUGGCCGCGAGCGCCUGCCCGCGGUCGCGCAAAGAAGCGAAAGACGUGUGGGCAGGAUUGUGCGGUCGGGGCGCUCCUGGCGCCGCUCCAAAAGUUGCCCCGGCCAAGGCGCCGGCGCCGGCGCCAGCGGCCGACGCUGCGCCGGCGCCGGCACCAGCGGCCGAGGCGCCGUUAUCUCCCGCCGCGAAGAGGUGGAAGUCCCUGGCGAUGAACUGGAAGCGCCUGAAACGCCAAAUGCAAUCGGCCAAUUAUUUUCAGUUAUUGAACAGCGGCCCCCCGGAGGCGCCGGCACCGCCGCCCCUCGACCCGCGCAAGUUCGCCGAGCUCCUGGAGCGGGUCGAGCAGCUCGAGAAGCGCCUCGAGGAGCAGCCCCGAAGGUCCUAG